AUUGUUCACUGGAUUUCUUGGGGGAGAAGCAAAUGAAUUACCACCAAAAAGACACAAAUACAUAGGGCACUUGUAUACGGUUACUGACUUACUCGGUAAACACCCUGAUCUUAUGGAUGAGUUCAAUCACUUCUUGGUGCGUUCUGAGAAUAUCGAUGGCUUCCUUGCAGGCGUUGUGAGUAAAAAAUCACUGAGUGAUGGACAUGUAUCCAGAUCAGUGAAGAUUGAAGAUAAAGAUAGAGAACAGAAACGUGAAAUGGAGGGUGCCAAAGAAAAGGAUAGAUGCAGGGAGAAGUAUAUGUUUAAAUCUAUUCAAGAGCUCGAUCUUUCUAACUGUGAACGUUGUACUCCCAGCUACCGACUUCUACCAGAGGAUUAUCCGAUACCUUCAGCAAGCCAGAGAUCGGAACUUGGAGCUCAAGUUCUGAAUGAUAAUUGGGUGUCUGUAACUUCAGGAAGUGAGGAUUAUUCAUUUAAGCAUAUGCGCAGAAACCAGUAUGAGGAAAGUUUGUUUAAAUGUGAAGAUGACAGAUUUGAGCUCGACAUGUUGUUGGAGUCUGUGAGCUCGACAGCUAAGCGUGCUGAGGACUUGUUGAAUAGUAUCAGCGAGAAUAAAAUUGUUCCAGAUAUGCAAAUUCGUAUUGAAGACCACUUUACUGCUUUAAACUUAAGGUGCAUCGAGCGUCUUUAUGGUGACCAUGGUCUUGACGUGUUGGACAUACUCCGAAAAAAUCCAUCUCUUGCACUUCCUGUCAUUUUAACUCGCCUGAAGCAGAAACAAGAAGAGUGGACUAGAUGUCGUGAAGAUUUUAACAAGGUUUGGGCUGAAAUAUACGCUAAAAACCAUUAUAAAUCACUUGAUCACCGAAGCUUCUAUUUCAAGCAGCAGGAUUCAAAGAACUUGAGCGCUAAAU